AUGUCGACCUCCGCCGACUUACCUCACCGCAUCACAAUCACCAUCUGCGGCGACGGCGGCUGCGGCAAGUCCUCCAUAACGCUGCGGCUCGUCCGCUCGCAAUGGACACACGAGUACGACCCCACAAUCGAGGACUCCUACAGCAUAACGCGCAAGGUUGACGGGCAGACGUACCACCUGGCACUCACCGAUACGGCCGGCCAGGAGGAGUACCGCGGGAUGUGGGCGUCGGCGAACCUGCGCUCCGACGCCUUCCUGAUGGUCUACGACAUCACGAACCUGAGCAGCCUGGCCGCGCUGCAGGAGUUCAACGACCUGAUCGACAUCGAGGCGGAGACGCGCAUGGAUGCCUGGGAGCGGGAUCACCAUUCCUCCGGGACGCUGGGCAGGAAGAAGAGGAAGCCGGGUUUGGGUACAGGUGUCAAUGCAGCGGGGCCAGUGAGGCCGAUCAAGAUCGUGGCGGGCAACAAAUGCGACUUGCAGGAGUCGCGACAGGUGUCCGCGCAGAUGGGGCUGGAGUGGGCACGGAAACACAAAUGCGGCUUUAUGGAGACGAGCGCGCGGAAUACGGUUAAUAUCGAAGAGACCUUUGCGCUGAUCGUACGGAGGGUGGUAGAGGCGAGAAGGCAGGCACUUAUCGGGCAAUAUGGGGAUCUGAGUGUAGAUGGCGGUUCCGAGGCGGGAAGCAGGCAGGAGAGGGCGAGCGGGGAGAGCGCGUUUGGGACUCGGCGGGCAGUCACGGCGCCGUUGAGUCCGCUUCCUGUGGCGGAGAAGGUGAUGAGUUUGGAGGUGCCGAAAGAGGGCUUGGGGCGCAGGUGGAAGGCUCUUCUGAGGAAUUUGGCGUGUUGGAAGCAAUAA